AGAAGUGAAAUUGAGAAUUUGUCUCAGGCGUAAAUACCCCGAAGAAGGAAGAACCAUCCAAACUACAAUUGGAAUUCGGAAAUGGUAGCUCGCAAGUUCGUCGUUCAACACAAUGACUCUCUCUUCGAUGUCGACUACGAUACCGAAGAUGGCUUCGAAGUUCUCAAAUUUCAGCUUUUCUCGCUCACCUCAAUUCCGCCUGAUGAACAGAAGAUCUUUGGAGGCGAGAAUCUGCUCGUAAAGGACGACUCCGAUCUUAAUUCGGUCACUGAUAAACUCCGAUUAGUAUCCACCGAUGAAGUUCACGACAAUGCCUUUGCACAAUCUGAUGAUAAACUCCGAUUAUUAUCGAUUGAAGUGGACGAAGGUUCGUCAGGAACCGUUGCCAAGGAUGACAAUGCCUUUGCACAAUCCGAUGAGGAAUUGGCUCGGAUGCUUCAGGCCGAGGAGGAAGCCCUUUUCUUCCAGCAGUUUCGUGCCAGUGAAGAUAGGGGACAGUUCGAGCAAAGGAUUCGGCCUUAUGUUUCGCAGGUUCUCAUGUACGAAGAUCCAGUGCGCCAAGCAGCAGCUCGUAAAACGGUUCCAGUUGAUGAACUUGAGGAGAAAGCAGUGGUUUCUUUAGCUAAGGAGGGGAACUUCAAACCUUCAAAAAUUGAACAAGAUCAUGUGUUCCUACUGCAAUUGCUGUUCUGGUUCAAACAGACAUUCAGGUGGGUUAAUGCACCGUCUUGUGAUGGUUGUGGUAGUGAAACCAUAAAUUGCGGCAUGGGUGCUCCACUUCCUUCUGAAAUUCAAUUUGGAGGAUCUCGAGUUGAACUUUAUAGGUGUAAUAAUUGCUUAAGAAUCACCCGUUUUCCGCGGUACAAUGACCCAUUAAAGAUUGUAGAAACAAGAAGAGGGCGUUGUGGAGAGUGGGCUAAUUGCUUCACGCUUUAUUGUCGAGCAUUUGGCUAUGAAUCUCGUCUUAUACUGGAUUUCACAGAUCAUCUCUGGACAGAGUGCUUUUCAAAUUUGCUGGGAAGGUGGAUGCAUCUUGAUCCUUGUGAAGGAGUGUAUGACAAGCCAUUGUUAUAUGAAAAGGGCUGGAACAAGAAGUUGAAUUAUGUAGUCGCCAUUGCAAAAGAUGGAGUGCAUGAUGUCACUAAACGUUAUACAAGAAAAUGGCAUGAGGUUCUGUCUAGGCGGAAUAUUACAACAGAGCCUGUUGUCUCUGCUGUUCUAUCUGAUAUAACAAAAGAUUGUCGAAAAGGCUUUACACCUCAACUGCUUGCUGUGCUAGAGGAUCGUGACAGGAGUGAAGUAGAUGAACUUGAAAGAGGCCUCCCUUCUCAAAAUGAUGGUUCAAUCUCAUUACCAGGAAGACAGAGUGGGGCUAAGGAAUGGCGGAUAGCACGAUCUGAAUUGGGUUCUAACGAGAAUAACUCUUUGAGUUGUUCUGAAUGCCCAAUCCGUAUAUGUGUCGAUGAGCAUGUUACAAGCAUUCUUAAUGCAUUCUGUUCUCUUCUGUCUCAAUUCGUUGAGAAUGAUAUUCCCAAAUCUAAAAUUGUUGACAUCCUAGAGAUGGUUAAAAGGGGACUAUUGGAUCUUAAAAAGGCCUCUUUUAGAUCAAGGAGUGGUUCCAUAAGUUUGGAAUCAAUUACUUUAAAAUUUGUGCAGCAAAUAAUUCCUCCUCUAGAUGUGUUACUUGCUGCCCUUUCCCUGAAGAGUGAAAAACUGGAGAAAUGCGAGAGGGUAAACUUUUGUUUGGCUGGUGAUCCUGUCAAAACUUCUAUUGCUUUACCGGUUGCAUUGGAUGCUCUCGAUAUUGUCAUUGAUAAUCUUAGAAAUAGUGACAACUUUGGUAAAGGUUCCCUUUCAUUACCACUUUUGAAACCAAACAGGAUAUCUUCUGGUCUAGUCCUUGCAAGUGGUGAAGAGCUUCCUUUUGGAAUUGUCACAUCAGCAUUUGAUGGUAUUCACACAUCUAAAUGGGAGGAACCAAAUGGAGCAAAAGGUGGUUGGAUAAUAUACAAAGUAAAGGAUAAUCAGAUGCUUGAUCUUGAGGUGUAUGAGUUGAUGUCAGCUAACGAUGCUCCAGAACGAGAUCCAAUGAAUUGGGUUGUUGAGGGAAGUGAUGAUGGGGGUUCCAGUUGGUAUGUCUUGGAUAAGCAAACCUCACAGAUGUUUGAAAAACGUUUCCAGCGGAAAACAUUUAAGAUUCAUUCAGUGGGACGCCUGUCAAAUGCGUUCAGGUUUAGAUUUUUGGCUGUUCGAGAUGUUCAAGCAACAUCACGACUGCAAAUAGGUAGCAUUGACCUCUUCGCAAGAAUCAGUUAAUGCCUAAUAGGUAGCAUUCACCUCUUUGCAGAACAAGUUUGUCCAUUUUAUGUGACAUUAUAAUAAGAUAUCAGUACCUGAAAUCAACAUGUUGUAUAGUUACUAUCUAACUAGAUGUCU